AAAAAUUAACCUCUUUCUUUUGUUGAGGUUAAAUUGGAUAAAAAGUUUCUGACUCUUUAAAGUAAAUCAAGUGUUUUCUGUGGCUGACUCUAGGUUACAAUCGCAUAGUGUAGGUUUUACUAUCAAUAAAUCAGAACAACAUGGAUAAUACCAAGAAAAAAAUUGAAUAUUUGGUGGUGGACACCACUGCUUUCCUGCAGAAUACCCCUCUUCAUCACUAUGCAGAUAAUAUUUAUACUUGUCAAGAGGUUGUUGAUGAAGUUACAAAUAAGAGGCAACGUCACCGUCUGUUAGUUCUACCUUAUGAUCUCAAAGUCAAAACAGUCUUCACUGAAAAUCUGGAUGCUGUUAUGGAGUUUUCAAAAAAAACUGGUGACUAUGCAAGUCUAUCUCUUACCGACUUAAAAGUCAUGGCCCUAACUUACCAAUUGGAAAAAGAAAAAGUGGGAACUGACCAUAUAAGAACAGCUCCCUUAUUUUCAAAAAGUGUUAAUUUUGAGAUGAGUAAGAAAAAACCUACAGAUAUCCGUUGCAACCUUCCUGGAUGGUAUCACCCUAAAAGCGAUGAAGAAUCCGAAGCCGAUGAUGAUGAAGACUCUGAAAAGGAAACUUCAAGUGAUGAAUCUGAAGAGGAAUCUGAAAAUGAAUGCCAUGAGAAACUUGAAACCAAUGAGAGUGAUGCAAAUCCAAUCGAAGUGAAAUCCUUGUCUGAACAUUUUGAGUCCUUGAAUUGCAAUGAAAAAAAUGAUCUGAAAGCAGAUGAAGAGGAAAAUGGAGGUGAACAAACUGAUGACUUGCAAGCAUUAAAACAAAAAUUUGAAAACGUUGAUUCUAACAUAAAUGGGGAUCCUGCAAUAUCAGCGGAUGAAAUUUUAGUUAAGGUAGAAGAUGGAUUUGAAGAAAUUGGUGAAGAAGGAUGGAUUACCCCGUCAAAUUGUCGGAGAGCGCAACAAUUAAUGUAUGAAGCAGCAGGGCAAACUGAGGAUAAGGAAGUUAAAGUAGCAUGUAUGACAACUGAUUUUGCAAUGCAGAAUGUUUUGAAGCAAAUGAAUUUGAAUGUUGCCGCUCUUAAUGGAAGAGUAAUCAAACAAGUUCGUACCUUCAUACUAAGAUGUUAUGCUUGUUUCAAAACAACAAGUGUUAUGACAAAAGUGUUUUGUCCAAAAUGUGGCAAUCAGACUUUGAAAAAAGUUGCAGUUUCCGUUGACGAAGAAGGAAAAAUGGUUAUCCAUAUUAAUGCAAGAAAAAAGAUAUCAGGAAAAGGAAAAAGGUUCAGUCUACCUGCGAUUAAAGGUGGCAAACAUCCAAAUAAUCCUAUCAUAGUGGAAGAUCAAAGAAUACCACAUAAUAGACCUACAAAAGCAGCAUUGAAGAAAAAUAAUCCUUUAGAUGACGAUUACAUUGCAGGGUACUCGCCUUUUGUAAUGAGAGAUGUCACAUCAAGAGCUACACAAUUAGGGAUAAGAAGUGCAAAUCAAUUUAAAGUCCCAAAAAGGAAUGGAAGAAAACGCUAAACCAGAGAAAUAAAAUUAAUUGUAUGUUGGUCAUGCUAAAAGGAUAUUAUAACUUUUGUUGAAUUAUUUAUAUUAUAAUAAAAAUAUGAAAACUUU